AUGUUUUUGAAUAUGAUUAGAUUUACAACUAACAAUAUGAUGGCAUUGUGCGUGGUCGUAGGGAUUCUUGCUAACAUUUACAUACUCACAAAACUGACAAUUGGUUUUAAAGUUUUGGAAGACUUUCCAAAGUUGCAAGAGAGAAAGUGCGUAAUCGAUGAAGAUUAUUUUACGAGCUUUAUCGAAAAGCGGCGAGUGACGGAGUUGAAGGAGAAGGUUUUUGUUGAAUCUAACAGUAAUAAAACUGUGCAACUGAGGCUUCAUGCAUUUCGACAAGCCGGAUUAGGAAACAAUAUUCGAAAUAAUAUCUCUUUUGGGAAUCGCAAACACUCUACAAAGAACACCAGUGAUCAAUGCCACAGAUUCAAAUAAUAUUCGUAAUUUGCAAAAAAGGAUACAACCACUAUUUCCAAAACUAGUGGAGCAGUUUCAUUUGAAAAUUAUUCCGGCUAGUUCGGUUUCCUGACACAUAUUGCACUGGAGCAGGUGUUGCGUUUUUGAUGAUCCGAAGAGAAUGCUGAAUCGAUCAGAGCAGCACUUGUUUCUUGAUGGACACUAUUUUCAGAGCUUCAAGUACUUUCACCAGCUCCGGCCUGUUAUUCGUGAAUUGCUUGCACCAAGCCGGCCGGCAACACUUGCUGCUGAAAAGAUAUUACCAUCAGAACUUAAACAAGAUUUAAUAAUAUGCACACACAUUCGACGUGGAGAUUUUCAGACUGACAGAGUUCAUAAACCAUCUGAUCCAAGUUUUACACGUGCUGCUACGGAGUUUUUGGUGAAACAUUACCAAAAAUUGCACAAUCGUACAACUGUGGUCGUUUUUGGGAAUGAUGUGAAUUUUGCAAAAGCAGUUUUUGAAGAUCGAAUUUUCAACUCUUCGCAUCUACAAGAUCGCACCCCAACUCCACCAAACUACACAAUUCCUAAAAUCUCACCUGAAUAUUCUGUAAUUCUUCCACAAAAUUCAACCCCAGAAAAUGAUUUGGCAUUUUCCAGACAAUUUUAUGACGUUAUGCUUAUCACAGCACCAUCAUCAACUUUUGGAUGGUGGUUAUCAUAUUUGGCAAACCGUUCAGCAGUUGUCUAUUAUCGAGAUAUUCUAGAGACAAAGGAGAAGGUAAUACAACACAUGCAUCCAAAAGAUUUCUAUCCACCGGAAUGGAUAAAACUUGGAACUCGUGCAAAUGGGACUAUCUUCAAAUUCUAA